AUGUCGUUCCGUUCUUCCUCAGGAGCUCUGAGACAUGUUGCAUACAUCGACAGAGGCGUCAUUCUCCUCAACAAACCCGCUGGACUAGUUUGCCAGGCGCAGCUUCCUAAGAACGCGUCCCCAGAGUCGGUGACCGACGAAAAUCAAUUUGACUACCUUCUCCAAGGUCUCAAAAAUAGUCUGAACCUACCGGAUGGCCCAUUUCCCGUCCAUCGGUUGGAUAAGUGUACAACGGGGUCUCUUCUCUUGGCCCGCUCGCCUUCCAUGGCCCGAGACCUCUCACGGCAAUUUAGUCAACGAACCAUUGACAAAUACUAUCUAGCCAUAGUGAGGGGCGGAAAGGCGUCCUUCCCUGGAGGAGAAGGUACCGUCGAAGCUGCGCUGCAGUACAAUGAUGGCCGAGGCUCAUUGAGCUCAUCAACGAAGGCGAGUAACUCAGUGACGAGCUGGAAGCUUCUCGCUUCAUCUCCUGUAGCUCCUUUGAGCCUCAUUCAACUCAAAUUACACACUGGUUUGAAACAUCAACUUCGAAUACACAUGGCGCAAUGCCUCCGAGCACCAAUACUUGGCGAUGCUCUUUAUUCCUCCACAGAUUCUUCAAAGUCCAUCGGGAAGAGUAUUAGUCUCCCCAAGGAUCGUGUCCUUUUACACUCUUCCUUCCUCGAAUUCGACCGAUUCAGGAAAUCAGGUCCAAACAAGCACCUCCGACUUGGCCUAAGAUCGCCACUACCCAAUGAUUUUAUGAAGCUUUGCUCCGACUUAUCAAUUCGUAUUGAUCCAGAAUAUGCACGCGGCGGCAUCUAUGUAGACGGUCAUCGAAUUGACGGACCACUAUUAUCGGAUCUAGACGGUCGAUGGUUCUGA